AUGUCUCAAUUAUACAGCCGAGUAUUACUUCUAACUUCUCUUCUUGUUGGUUUACUGGCAUUGAUAGCAAAUGGAGACAUAGAUGCUUUGUCUCCAAGUAAUAAUCAAUACCUUUACUCUUUGCCAUAUUUCUCUGACUACCUAAAAUAUACUGUAGUCACCUUCACUGCCACCGUUAUUGGCCCUGGUACCACUUUCACAACAACUGGUUCAUUUACUGGUACUGAAACUCCCACUAUUCCUCCGGGAUUCACAGUAUAUGUUGAUGGUCAAACGCUCACUGCUGAUGGAAGUCCUACUAGUCUUCGAACUAGCAUAGCAUCUAGUAGUGCUUCAGGUACCUCCGUUUAG